AUGAAGGCCAUUGAUGAGCCUCCUUACUUGACAGUGGGCACUGAUGUGAGUGCUAAAUAUCGAGGGGCCUUCUGUGAGGCCAAAAUUAAAACUGCAAAAAGACUAGUCAAAGUCAAGGUAACAUUUAGGCAUGAUUCAUCAACUGUGGAAGUUCAGGAUGAUCAUAUAAAAGGCCCCUUAAAGGUGGGAACUGUGGUGGAGGCGAAGAAUCCAGAUGGGAUUUACCAGGAGGCUGUCAUCAACAAAUUAACUGAUGCUAGUUGGUAUACUGUAGUAUUUGAUGAUGGAGAUGAGAAGACUCUUAGACGCUCUUCACUUUGCCUGAAAGGAGAGAGACACUUUGCUGAAAGUGAAACACUAGAUCAACUCCCACUUACCAACCCUGAACAUUUUGGGACUCCUGUCAUAGGAAAGAAAACAAACAGAGGAAGGAGGUCUAAUCACAUCCCAGAAGAAGAAUCUUCAUCAUCCUCAAGUGAAGAUGAUGAAGACGACAGGAAACAAACUGAUGAACUGUUAGGAAAAGUUGUAUGUGUAGACUGUGUUAAUGUGGAUAAAAAGAAAAACCUCUGGUUUCCAGCUUUGGUGGUUUGUCCUGACUGUAGUGAUGACAUUGCAGUGAAAAAGGAUAACAUUCUUGUCCGUUCUUUCAAGGAUGGCAAAUUUUCUUCGGUACCAAGAAAAGACGUCCGGGAAAUUAGUGACACUUCACCAAAGCCAGAUGCUACAUUAAAGCAAGCUUUUGAUCAGGCCUUAGAGUUCCGUAAAAACAGAACUGUUCCCAUUAACUGGAAGACUGAGUUGAAAGAAGAAACCUCCAGUAGUGAAGCAGAAGAAGAAGAGGAAGAUGAAAAAGAAAAAGAAGAUAAUAGCAGUGAGGAAGAGGCAAAAAUAGAACCCUUUCCUGAAGAAAGAGAGAACUUUCUACAGCAGUUAUAUAGGUUCAUGGAAGACAGAGGGACUCCUAUUAAUAAACGACCUGUACUCGGAUACAGAAACUUGAACCUGUUCAAAUUAUUCAGACUUGUACAUAAGCUUGGGGGAUUUGAUAAUAUCGAAAGUGGAGCAGUCUGGAAGCAGGUGUAUCAGGAUCUUGGGAUCCCUGUCUUGAACUCAGCUGCUGGAUACAAUGUUAAAUGUGCUUACAAAAAAUAUCUUUAUGGCUUUGAAGAUUAUUGCACAUCAGCAAAUAUUGAAUUUAAAAUGGCAUUGCCAGAGAAAGUAGCAAGCAAGUCUUGUAAAGAUUAUGAAAAAGAUGUGAAAAAGCAUGAAGAGACUGAACAAAAAGUAAAAGAAAUAAAGGUGGAUAUUGAAGAAAGAGAUAAUGAAACAGCAAUUAUGAAGCAACAAGUCAAAUCAACCGAGAAUGAUUAUGAAAGAAAAGAUAAUGAUAACUCUUCCUCUUUGGAAAACAAAAACUGUUUUCAGGAAUCUCACUCUGACCAUGAAAAUGAAUUAAGAAUAAUUAAAAGAGAAGAUGAAGCUAACAUGGAAUGUAAAGAGGACGAGAAGAAUAAAGACUUGGAAAAUCAAAACACCAGUCUAGAAGAUGAAGAGAAAGAGAAAUCAAACCAUGGCCCCAUUAAGGAGGAAGAUGAAGAGGAAGAAGAAGAAGUAGAAGAGGAGGAGGAAGAAGAGGAAGAUGACCACAAUGACAACAAUGAGGAAGAAGAGUUUGAAUGUUAUCCACCAGGCAUGAAAGUCCAAGUGCGGUAUGGACGAGGGAAAAAUCUAAAAAUGUACGAAGCUAGUAUUAAAGAUUCUGAUAUUGAAGGUGGAGAAGUCCUUUACUUGGUGCACUACUGCGGAUGGAAUGUGAGGUAUGACGAAUGGAUAAAAGCAGAAAAGAUAGUGAGACCAGCUGACAAAAAUGUUCCAAAAAUAAAACAUCGAAAGAAAAUAAAGAAUAAAGGCGACAAAGAGAAAGAUGAGAAAUAUUCUCCUAAAACGUUUAAACUGCGCCGCUCAUCAAAGCCACCUUUUCAUGCCAGUAUAUCACCUGAGAUGGUAUCCAAACCAGACAGCACUGAAGCCAAAACCUCUGAAUCAACUCCAAAUAAAUCUUUAGAGAUUGCUUCCAUCUUUAACGGACUGCAAGCUUCUGAAAGCUCUGAUGAAAGUGAGCAGGAUGAUGACCAAAGUGUUCCAAGUGUACAUAAUAACGGUAAGGAGGAACCUCAAGAUGAGGAUGAGAGCAAAGAAAAUAAUGAACUCUGUCCAAAAGAGCAGAACAGCUCAUCCUUUCCAGAAGAGACGAAGACCCUUGCAAAUGCCACAGCAUCUAAACCAAUAUCCAAAUCUCCAGAAAAAUUGCUGAAAGAACUGGCAGAGCAAUCCGAUGAUACUGAUUAUGAUGGGGAAAACGAAACCACCAAGAAGAGGAAAGAGGUAAAAAAAGAAGCAGUGGAUAAAACAAAGCCACAAAUAAAACGUGGUAAACGGAGGAUCUGUGUCACAGAGGAAUGUUUAAAAACUGGGUCACCUAAUAGUAAGGACGACAAGUCAAAUGGCAAAGACAUGCUUAGUUUGGAGAACAGUAGCAACAGCUCCUCAGAUGAAGAUGAGGGGAAAAAAUUAAAAAUCACUCCAACGAAGAAGUACAAUGGGUUAGAGGAGAAGAGAAAAUCCUUACGGACAAAUGCUUUUUAUUCAGGUUUCUCUGAGGUGGCAGAAAAGAGAGUAAAACUCCUAACUAACUCUGACGAACGGUUGCAGCAUACUAGAGCUAAAGACAGGAAAGAUGUGUGGUCAAGUAUUCAGGGGCAAUGGCCUAAAAAAACUCUCAAGGAACUUUUUUCAGACUCCGACACUGAGGCAGCAGCUUCCCCACCACAUGCUUCUCCAGAGGAUGCCGUACCAGAGGAACAUCUGCAAACACUGGUAGAAGAGGAGACCGCUCUGUCCAGCUCUAAAGUUGAAAGGCCUUUGCCACUCAGCACAGAUACCAAAUCGGUUGAGGAGAAAACAAUUGAAAUGAACGACAAGAAAGUUGAAUUCCCAAGUAGUGGCAGUAACUCAGUGCUAAACACCCCUCCGACCACACCUGAAUCUCCACCAUCUGUAACUGCAGCCGAGUCAAGCAGACAUCAGUCCAGUGUAUCUGUCUCUGAUGCCUUGCCACCGAAUCAAGAAGAGGUACGAAGUAUCAAGAGCGAAACGGAUAGCACAAUCGAGGUGGACAGUGUUGUUGGAGAACUGCAGGAUCUUCAGUCAGAAGGAAAUAUAUCUCCUACAGGCUUUGAUGCCAGCGUUAGCUCCAGCAGCAGCAAUCAACCAGAACACACUGAAAAAGCUUGUACAGGCCAGAAAAGGCUUAAAGAUGUCCAGGGAGGUGGGUCCUCAAAAAAGCAGAAAAGAAGUCACAAAACUCCAGUCAUGAACAACAAAAAGAAGAGCAAAAGUGCAAACAGCAGCGAUAGUGAAGAACUUUCUGCUGGGGAAAGUAUUGCCAAAUCUCAGCCAACAAAAUCAGUUUCUUCAGGAAUGAAGUCUCAGCAAUCCAAAUCUCCAGCAAGAACACAGCCUUCUGCAAAAUGUGGGAAAAAUGGGGAGAAGGAGUCAGACCUUAAAGAGCAGAAUAAUCGUUUGCCAAAACUUUACAAAUGGAGUUUCCAAAUGUCUGACUUGGAAAACAUGACCAGUGCUGAGCGUAUAACAAUCCUUCAAGAAAAGUUACAAGAAAUCAGGAAACAUUACUUGUCUUUAAAAUCUGAAGUAGCUUCCAUUGACCGAAGAAGAAAGCGGUUGAAGAAAAAAGAGCGGGAAAGUGCUGCUACCAUAUCGUCAUCCUCUUCCUCACCUUCCUCCAGUUCCAUUACAGCAGCCGUUAUGUUAAGUUUAGCAGAUCCACCCAUGUCCAGUUCAUCACAAAACGGAAUGUCAGUCGAGUGCAGGUGACAGCAAGACUUGCCCAAGCACUUUGCACUUAAUGGCUGCUGAGAGCCACUUUUUAUACUGCACAGUGGCACAAACUUCAGACAAGCACUAUUUUGUAUUUAAAAAAAUUUCUUGACAAGCUAACUUUGCACUUAAGUGCACUUUUUAAGAAGAAAAAAAGUACAACAAACUGCUUUUCCUCAAGCAAUAAUUGUUUCCAACUUGUCUGGGAAUUGUAUGUUGAGUGAGUUGGAGGCCUUCCAUUGUGGCAAAGGGGGGCUGUUCCCUGCCUGUAGAAUAAAAACACAGAAAGCAUACAGUUGUUGGAUAGGCCUAAUUGGUGUAUUAAAAAUGACUUACUGUUCACAUAGUCCCUGGUAUUUUGUUGAAUCUGGAGCAUUUGAUAUUUUUCCAUUAUUUAGGAAAAAUGAACCUAUUUUCAUUUUUACAACUAAUUGUUUUUUAACCAAGUUACCUUACCGUGGCUAUAGCUGUACGAGUCAAGCACACGCAAUUUAAUUCCAAACCUGCCGUUAAUAGGAUUUUUUUCAUCAGACCUGAUAACCAAAUAUAAGGAUUCUGUUUAAAAAGCUGACUAAUGUUUACAGGUUUGAAUUAGGCUAAUAGGUUACUGUGGGUUUUAAAUAACCCACACAUUGGAAUGAAACUACUGUACUUUGCCAUUUUUCUAUGAAUCAGUAUUUUUUUUAAUUUUGAUAAAAAUGCAUUGUGAAAAGUGAAGAAAAUGGCUAACAAACUGUAUUAAAAUCUUAAUGUAAAAAGAUUGUAUCUAGCCAGUUUAAAGUGUAUAUUUAUUCAUAAUGAAUUAUAACACUUAUAUUUUUGUGUUUUUCUUGUAAGUUUCUUUUCUGUUAAAGCAAAAAAUGUUUCAUUUGUAAUGCUUAUUUUAUUAUGAGCUACAACCGAGAGGUCUUCAAGGAGUAAACUGCAUUAAUAUAAUUCAUGGUUGCUGAGAACAUUGCCACAAAGGGAUAGUUGUUUAUAAUAUAAAUAGCUAACUGAGUGGUAGAUAUGACUAGGUUUUUUUGUUUUU